GCCUGGUCAUUCCUCAGGAUGGGUUUCUCGGGGAGGAAGACCCUGUCUUUCUUCCUUAUUUUUGUGCUUGUUUAUCUAUAUGGGGCUUCAUCGCAGGAAGCUGGCCCAGCAGGGCCAAGGAAACCAUUUUUUGAGAGGCUGCGUAGACUAGAAGAACAGUUUCGGAGAUUCCAAGAGGCAACCUUGACACACCUGCAGGGCGUCGCCAGCAACCACAACGUUUCCUGGAAUGUUGACGUCCGGUUCCGGAGCCUCGCAGAAGAGAGCCAGGCCGUGGCCUUGGCGCUCAACCGGUCGCAGGCCGCCGUGCAGGGGGACCUGGCCCACCUCAGGGCCUGGAUGAGGAAGAUUGAGCGCAGGAGCCGGAAGGCGGACUCCAGGCUGCAGGCCCUGGACCUCGCCCUGAGCAAGAAGAGUGAGCUGCGGGCCCGGGAGAGGAAGGGGCAGAAGGACGUGGCCUCCAGACUGGCCCGCGACGUGCAGGCCCUGCGGGACGUGCUGGCUCGCCUCUCCCACCUUGUCCACAGCCAGGGGGCCAGGCUGGCUGCUCUGGAGGGGCGGCUGCUCGUGGCCAACCUUGGCACCGCAGCCCCAAGCCCGGCUCAGCCCGAGCGGCUCGGCCCGAGCUCCCUGAAGCUGCAGCGGGGCAGGCAGGCGCUCAGAGCCACGCCUGAGCCCAGCAGCGCCCCUCAGGACUCUGCUGCACAGCCCCAGGGGACACGGGGGCCCCCAGCCUCAGGCGGCCAUCAGGCAUCUGAUGGGGCUACCGCAGCCCUGAGGGACCCUCCUCGGCCGGCGUGGACCCCCCAGAGACCAGGAGAGAGGUGCAGCGGAGGCCCUGUGCUCGUUUUCCCGAACGCCUCCACCGAGAACGUCGUCUCCCUCAGCCCUGGCUUCCUCACGGCCCUGCGAGCCCUGUCCUUCUGCAGCUGGGUCCGAACAGCCUCUGGCCACCUGGGCACCCUCCUGUCCUACGCCACGGAAGACAAUGACAACAAGCUGGUGCUGCACGGCCGAGACUCCCUCAAGCCUGGCUCCAUCCACUUUGUGAUUGGAGACCCCGCCUUCAGGGAGCUGCCCCUGCAGCUGCUGCUGGACGGCCAGUGGCACCACGUCUGUGUUCUCUGGACUUCCACCCAGGGCAGGUACUGGCUCCACGUGGACCGCAGGCUAGUGGCCACUGGCUCCCACUUCAGGGAGGGCUAUGAGAUCCCCCCUGGAGGGUCCCUUGUGCUGGGCCAGGAGCAGGACAGGGUGGCGGGUGGGUUUGACAGCUCCGAGGCCUUCGUGGGGAGCAUGUCAGGCUUGGCCAUCUGGGACCGGGUGCUGGUCCCUGGGGAAGUCACAAGCCUUGCCACUGGGAGAGAGCUCCCGACAGGCGCCAUCCUGACACUGGCCAAUGCCACACGGGUAGGCGGAUUCGUGCAGAGGGCCGAUUGCACCUGCCUGGAGCUCUGUCCAUGAGGCCGCGCCAGCAGGGGCCGUGGCCAGGGAGAGGGUGGUGCCCCCACCUGCACUUGGCCUCCCCAGGACCAGCACAUUCCACAAAAGCCCCCGCCACCUGCCG